AUGACUACGAAUUAUUCAAAUACACAAAUUGGAGCAUUCGAAAUCAGUUCUGUUUACAAUUGUGAUGAUUUCUAUAAAUCCAAUGCUGAAGCCAAUUAUAUUAAUCUUGAAAAAGGUCUACUUCUAUUUGUGUAUCUACAUGAAAGUAGUAAUAGUACUUUAAAAUCUAAUGUACACAUAUACAAUAAGCUAUGUGAUGGUCAAAUUUGUUAUCACACAAUUGUAUCGAAUGGAUUUCAUGAUCCAUAUUAUUGUGCUUAUGAUCAUUCUGAAGCCUAUCAUCAACAAAAUUUGUGUAAAGAAUGGUAUACAUGGAAUUGUACAUGA